UCGGCGGACGUGUUGGACGCCGUUGGGAUCCAGAGAGAGCCGAUAGGAGUGACGACAGCGAUUGGGCGGUGUCCGGAGCGCCCGGAAACGGUGAUCGACGGUGUCCCUUUCGGCGUCAGUCCCGACCAGGCCUACAAUUUGGAGGAAGUCGCCAUUCUCAGUGUCCCCACCAGCCACUUGUUCCCACUGGGAUUUCCUCGCGAUUUUUCAAUCCUGGCGACGCUCAAGAGCAGCUCGUCGACAGAGAGCACCUUGCUGACGAUUUACAGCGACGCGGGUGACGAUCAGAUUUCCAUCCGACUCCGCGACUCCACCGUCACCUUCUAUUACCAGGACAGGAACAACUCGUUCAAGGACGGACUCACUGCCACCUUCCCAAUAGACGUCACUGACGAUGCGUGA